UGACUCUGUUUAACUUUUAAAUUGUAAAAGGUCAUAGGCGCAGUCACGGGGUCGGUUCCUCUUGUGUGUUCGACAUUUGUUGUGUUUGUCUUUUCUUCUGACAACACGCGCAGAUGACUGCCGUACUUUCCCAGCCACAGGUAUCAAUGCAGACUUUUGGGCAUUCCGCAGGCAUUCCGCAUUCUCAUGAUGUGCUCCCUGACGACGCAUUGUGCUCUGAACAGCAAAGAACAGAUCACUUAAGACAUGUGGGGACUUAGAGCAGCAUGUUCAGGGAGAGAGAUUGACCCAAAUGCCCUGACAAGAGAAAACAUGGAGCACACCAGUGCACUCUGGUCACUUCGCUCGGUCCUCGCUCCUGGCACUCCAGGAAAGUGGAACCAGACGGUGGUACAUGCUCUCGGUAGAAAGUACUUCGUCGAUGAGACGCUCAACAACCAAGGGCGGUACAUGGAGCCAUGA